GAGGCAGUCGCGUUUUCUUGGCUGUGUGUGUACUGUAUGUCAGUUCGCCAGCUAGACCACGGUACAGUACAGUACAUCUAGUUACAGUUAGCAGAUCCACAUAGAAUUUAUGUAUGUAGACUGACGCAUACGUUGAGCAGGCACCGGUUCCUUCCUGAAUCAGACAACUGGGACCAACCAUGGACCUAUUCGAGUUUGACUUCUUUAGGGACUGGGAACUGGAGCAACAGUGUCAUUACGAGCAGGACCGCAGUGCGCUCAAGAAGAGGGAGUGGGAGCGGCGGACUCAGGAGGUGCAACAGGACGAAGAUCUCUUCUCCUCCGGGUUUAAUCUAUUCGGGGAGCCGUACAAGACAGAAGCAACCAGUCUAUCCACUUUGGGGGGGACCAACAACCUAAACAAGACCAACAAAGGUGAUGCCCUGGCCAACCGGGUACAGAACACUCUGGGGAACUAUGAUGAGAUGAAGGAGCUCCUGACCAGCCACUCCAACCAGAGCCACCUGGUGGGGAUCCCCAAGAACUCUGUUCCCCAGACCCCUGGCCCCAGCUUCUUCACCGAGGGGGCCCAGAGGACAAGCAACAGGACGGGCACGGGGCACAAUACCACCUCCAUGCCCCCUCCGCCCUCCUCUUCAUCCCUGACCAGCUCCACCCGGCUGAGCGGCCAUCAGAGCUCCAAGAAGUCCCGCUCCUCCGACUGGUUGCAGGGAGCCCACUGCUCCAGCAGCACCAGCACCCAAGAGGUGGGGGGGCAGGUAGUGGGGGUACCAACCAGCAGCAGGGGGAAACACUUGUCUACCCAUGAGCAGCAGCAGCAACCCCAGAGACACGAGGAGCUGUUCAGCUCACAGGGUGACGUCGUGGGCCACAAGGGAGACUCCAGCAGCAGCCCCAACUCCUCCACCUCCAGGAGGCAUGGCGCUGGGCAGCAGCAGGCCCCUUCGGCGGUUGAGCAUGGCGGAUACAAGGACAGCAACAAUAUUGUUAAGUCUCCCUUGGAGCAGGAGCCGGGCUCCCACGGGUCCAGUUCCCCCGUGGCCUCCACCUCCCUGCUGCCCAGCGGCCUUUCCACGCCAACCUUCCCCCAGGGCCUGCAUGUCAAGCCCAGCGCCGUGCAGCAGCAGAAGCCCACAGCCUACGUUCGGCCCAUGGACGGCCAGGACCAGGUGCCCCUGGAUUCCCCGGAGCUCAAACCUCCUCUGGAAGUGGGGGACAUGGGCUACAGCAACCUAGCCUUUGGCAGCACCACCACCAGCUCCAAGAGCAAGCUGCCUAAGCUGACCCUGACACAGACUGGGGAGGUCAGCCUGUCCAGUGACUCCAGCUGUGUGGAGGAGAUUCUACGGGAGAUGACCCACUCCUGGCCUCCCCCCCUGACUGCCAUCCACACUCCAGGCAAAGCUGAACAGACCAAGUUCCCUAUUCCCUCCAAGGAGUCACAACACUUACCCUCAGGAUACGCUGGACAAAAGCGGUGCAAUGUUCCCGGUAACAAGCCUGCAACCAAGUCUGUACCACAGAAGUCAAUGCUUGAGGAUGACCUGAAGAUCAGCAGUGACGAAGAGGACACUGAUCAACAGGCAGCAGAGAAGCCCAAGCCCAGAAGUACACCUCUUAGCAUCCCUGUGGCCACGUCUCGGACCACUGACCCGGGCCUCUCCAGCGGUGCCUCGGGCAGCUCCAGCGAAUCAGAGAGCAGCUCCGAGUCAGACUCCGAUAGCGAGAGCAGCUCCAGUGACAGCGAGUGUAACGGGGCCUCCCGGACCGCCACCCCAGAGCCUGAACCUCCAUCAACAAACAAAUGGCAGCUGGAUAAGUGGCUGAACAAAGUGACCCCACACAACAAAGCUCUUAUCAAUACCCAGCCAGAGAGAGAGAGCCAUGGGCUCAGCAGCUCCCAGACUGACCACAGCCAACAGGCCCCUGAGGGCCAGGGACCGGCCCCAGGGAAGAGCAAGCCUGGCCCCGCCGCCCUGCUGGCCCCGACAGACCCCAAGGAACGGGCCCUCCUCAGCCCCAUCAGAGAGAAGGUGAAGCCUAAGACUGGACCAAAAGUCUCAGAGGGCAAGGGUUCAAAGGUCAAAUCCUCAGCCGUGGUGGCGGUGGAGCCAGCCCCAGCCAGGCGCAGCUUGGGGAAGAAACAGCCGAAGAAAGUGGAGCGCUCGUCCAGCCUGGAGGAACACACCUCCUGGUCCAAGCCCAUCAACCCCACCAUCAGCACUACUUCCAAGGAGAAGGACCCUCCAUCCCUCCUGGAGCAGCCCAAGUCCAAGACCAAGAGCACCAGUGGGAAGACUGCCCCUAGGAAGGAGCCUCGCACCACCACUACAAUUACUCCAGCUCCUCCUCCCCUGGCCCCAGUCCUGGAAAAGAAGAAGCACAGGGGGCCCAGCAAGAUCAUCCCCAAGUCCAAGGAGUUCAUCGAGACGGAGUCUUCGUCAUCUGAGUGCCACUCUGAACCAGAGGAGCUGGUCAAGAUCCAUAACCAUCCCUGUCCAGGACCCAGCAGUCUGCAGACUCUCAAAGCAGCCAAGGACUGCAACAGCAAUAUCCUGACUGUCAGUAGCCUUACCAGCACCUGCAGCUCUUCCAUAUCCAUCCCAGACCCUGGGGCCAUGGACCUCCUAGGGGACCCCCUCUUCUCCUCCGUCCCCAUCGUCCAGAACAAACUGCUGUCCCCUCUCAGGGACUUUGAGGACAUCAAGUCACUGUGGGUGAAGAUCGAGCUGAGCUUCCUGUCUAAGAUUCCAGGGCAGGACCCCCCUGAGCCCCCUACUGUGAAAGUUGAGCCCCGGGAACCACUUGAACCCAGCAUUAAGCACAGACGACAGUCCCCCGCCAGUCUUCAGUCUACCCCUGUUGAGAAACCACCUAGCAAGGCCAAGAGGAAACACAAGAUGGACCAUUGUGACGCUGUCGGCGGAAGCAAGAAGUUGCGGUUGGAGAAAGAUUCCUUGCUUCUUCCCCCAUGCAUCUCGCCGAUACACAACCACAAGAACAUUAGCACAAAAGACUCUCUGAGGAAAGAGCCCAGGAAGAGAGAGGAGAAGCGAGAGCUGCUGCCUCCCCUGCUUUCUCCGCUCUCCGACGAACCCCCUAUACGCCAGCGCAGGACCAGCGAGUGUUCCUCCUUCAGCCAAGAGGGCGGUGCUAGCAGCGCCACCAGCACCUUAUUGCUACCCACCCUCAGCUGCUCUCUGCCCAACUUCUCCUCCUCAUCCUCCUCUUCCUCACACAAGCACCGCAGCAAAGGAGAGAGCAAAUCCUUCUCGCGUUCCAAGACAAGCAGUGAGGAAGAUACCCAUAGCAAGCCGUCUGGCAGUUUCCAUGGCAACGGUCAGUCCGAUUCUGACGUUUGGUCCAACCCGUCAUCUCUGUCCAUGGACCACAUGGAGCCUAGAAGGCCCAAGCUAACGUUCAAUAACACAGUUCACAACGCAGACUACUGCAUGCAAGAAGCCAAGAAACUAAAGCACAAAGCAGAUGCACUGAUGGAGAAGUUUGGCAAAGCCAUUAACUACGCUGAUGGGGCGCUGUCGUUCAUCGAGUGUGGCAACGCCAUGGAGCGGGAUCCGCUGGAGGCCAAGUCUCCAUACACUAUGUACUCUGAGACGGUUGAACUCAUCAGGUAUGCCAUGAGGUUAAAGAACUUUACAAGUCACUCAGCAACUGUAGCCGAGAAGAAAUUAGCUGUGUUGUGCAAUCGCUGUUUAUCCCUCCUGUACUUGAGAAUGUUCAAAUUGAAGAAGGACCAUGCAGUAAAGUAUUCCCGUUCCCUAAUGGAGUAUUUCAAGAAAAGUUCCCAAGCACCUUCGCCAUGGGGAGCCAAUGGAAAGAGCACAGGCACCCCUUCGCCCCUGUCUCUGAGUCCCUCCCCAGUUAGUUCGGUGAGCAGCAGUACGGGCCCUGGCCUUGUGGGCUCCUGUCCCUCCGGUGCCUCCAGCAACGUGGCCAUCCCCCAGCGCAUCCAUCAUAUGGCCGCGAGCCACGUCAACAUCACCAACAACAUCCUCCGCAGCUACGAGCACUGGGACACGGCAGAGAAGCUCGCCACAGAGAGCCAAGAGUUCUUUCAGGAGCUGGACUCGACGAUGGAACCAUUGAGCCAACACAGCAGCAUGACAGAACUGGUGCGCUACAUACGCCAAGGACUGCACUGGCUACGGAUAGAGGCCCACAUGUUAUAGUGCUGCUGGAACUAGAACUGAACUGUCUGCCACUGUAUGUCUGUCUGUCUGUCUCACACAUCCAUCACUACCUCUACCAGCCAGCAACCCCCAGCAACCCCCAGUCUCCAGCCAUCUGACUCCAGCCCCAAGGGCCCCCACCACACUCUGCCAGCCAGAAAGCCCCACUGACUGUCAACUCUUAGUGGUCAGAGGUCAUCAUGAUGAGGUCAUCAUCAGCUCUACUGCACAGUCUGUCUCUCUGUUCCCUCAAUGCAAAGUUGACAUUUCUGUUGGCCGUGGAAAGAAAAUAUUGAAAUCUAAACCCCAAAGUGAAUGGAAGGACAGUCCCACCUAAGACCUGGGGAUUGUCUCCAAAGCAUGCCAAUAGAAGAGAAGGAUCUGUGUGGAGAAGUAUGGUGGUUGUUUGGGUUGUUCUCUGCCAGAUCGAGCCAUGUGAUUUCCCUGUAGUUGUUUUGAUCACCACUAAAGGUCCUCUCAGAACGCCUGGAGCGUUGUUCACAGUUCACACCUCCAUUCCAACAGGCAGAUUUCUCAUGAAGUUAUAAGUGGUAUCAACCAUUUUUAUUGUUUUGUUUUUGUCAAUGCCUUGAUGAACUGGCCGACAGAAGCCAGUUGGAAAAGUCUCUCUUUACUACUAUCUGAUAGUGGUGUUUAUUUAUGAUCCAUCAAACCUCAGUCUCACGUCAGAUAAUAAAUACAGCAACAGUUUGUCAAUGUCUACCCAUAAGUCCCAGUGGAACAACAAAUAAUUUGAAAUAAUUACAUGACUUGUUGCUCAUUGGAAAUGAACAACAAAUAAUCAAAUUCAAUCUGCCACCUCAAGCAAUGUCUCUAGAUGUGGGGGGAUUUGCAUAAUAAUGUAGUCAACUAAAACAGAUCUGAUAACAACUGAUCUGGAUCGUGUCUUUUAGCCCUAGAGGUUGGUGGUAUCUAUGUGUUUUUUUGUUUCGUUGGGUUGAUGUCAUUUUUGUACCUACAGUAAUAAGAGGCCGGAUUUAUUCCAAAGCAGCACUGAUUUUCCAUGGGUCUAAGGGAACGGGGAAGACAAAGUGAUGCACCACAUGAGACUGUGUUUAAAUCCAUAUGAAUUGUGUAAUCACUGUUACAGCACCACCACAAACAGUGUACGCCACAAUGGGUCCAGUACCGCUACAGAGGACCUUUACAUUGUCUUUUCGAUGUCUACAAUAACUGCUGUGUUGUAUAUCGCAACUCUUUUGGUAUUAAAUGUUGGUUCAGUUGUGCAUGUCCACAGAGAGGUGUAGAGUUUUAAAGCAUUAUCCAUAGUAACACUUCUUACGUGUUAUGUGCAUAGUUGUACAUUUGAUCGUCCUAGAUUUAAACUUGGCUUGAUGGACAUACUGUAUGCCAUCUAUAUGAGAUACAGGCAGUUUUCCUAAGGAGGAAGUUUGAUGGUUGGUUUGUUGUUUGUUUUUAUUUGGAUGUGAUGUGAGAGAAUGAACUGAAGCAAAGUGUGUGUGUUGCACUGUGCAGAGAUGAUGUGGGGAUGGAUUCUCUAUUGCUGGGUGUCAAUUCCAAAUCGUUCUCUCUAUAGCACAGUCCAUACAGUGUGUUUCAGUAGACCAUAUCUCCAUGGCUAUGUGUGAAAUAUGAUUUUCACUAUGAUAAAACAAAGUGCCUCCGUAUCCGGUGAAAAUUAUUAAGAGUCUAUAUUGAAGAACAAGAAUGAAUCUAAAUGAUUUUUCCAUACCAUAUUGGUAUAUUAGAUUUUUUCAUAAAACCACAAUUUAUUCAUGUACUUUUUACUGGCAAGUAUGAUACCAAGUUUGGCUUUAAAAUUGCAAAUGUGUGACUUACAUGUAUCAAAUUUUUAACUCAGUUACUGUUUAGAGGAUGCUGAACAGGAUGUUCAAAACCGCUUAAACAUGUAAAUGCUUAAUGUGACUUACUGUGAUCACCUAGAAUCAAUAGAUUAACACUCCAACCCAUUUACAGCAAUAGCUGGAUGAUAGUGCUAAUUGUGUUUAUUAUCUUGUUACUUAGAACAAGAGCAGAAUCAAGGGACAAAUGCACUUAAUUCACGUUCAGUGUUUCUGGCAUUUAGAAUGAUGUUUGGAGUUUUUAUCACUUGAUUUUAGGCCAAAUUAAAGUGUUUUGGAAUGUCACAAGAAAAGACUGAACAAAUUAUUGAUAAAACAAAAAUCACUUGAUGUUGAUCCAUUAACUGUCUUAUUUAGAUUGAAUGUCAUUCAGUGUUGUUUUAUGGAACAGUGUUGUAGCCUACAUGCUAUUGUAACCUCACAAACAGUGCUCAUUCAAUUCCAAAUCUAUUUUAAAGCUGUAGGAUACCACACCAUAUGGUAAUAGCAAUAUCUACACCAGUCUUAAUGUAACUAAAUUAAUUGAGAAAUAUGAAAGCGAACCUAACAACUUAAACUUUCUUUGUACUGUAUCUGAAGUGCAUUUUUUCAUUUAGCCUUUUGCAACAACUUGUGAUAAUAAUCUCAUAACUAUCAGUCAAUGUUGAGUUGGGGGAAAAUGAAGCAUGUGCAUAAUUUUUUAUGCAAAUGAUCCCAUUUUCUCCUCCAGUCCAAAUUAGCCAACUGUCUUUGCCCCUAUGAGGGAAGCAGUUUGUACACUUCCAGUGGCUUUUCCCAGCUGUUCCUAUUCACGCUAGAGACAGGCCAUUCUGUCAGGGAAAUCUGUGGCCCUUUGGCAGCUAGUCAAAAGCACCAAGCAGCACUGGCUCUCUGUUCUCUCUCUCUUUCUCUCUCUCCAUCUCUCCCCUCUCUCUCUCUCUCUCUCUCUCAUCCAUCAUCUGAUAUAAACAACCAGCUCCAUACUCAGCCCCAGUCUGGCAACGAAGAGGAGCAGCUAAUGUUUUGCAUUCAUUCCACAAUGAGGAAAGGCUGAAUCAAAUUGGCUUAUGCCUACCAGGGAGAACAGAAUCAGUUUUUGUUUUAAAUAUGCGGUUUUAUGUCUAAAACAAGGAAAUGAUGAAACGUUGAAUGAGGUGCCAUCUGGACUGGCAGUGUUUACAAGCCAAUUUAUGGUGUGACCUAGUCUUUUGUUUGGUAAAACCAGGUGAUGAUGAUAACAUAUCAGGAAGGAAUUACUCAUUAAAUGAGUCCCUAAUUGGCUUGUUUUUAUAUUGCUGCUACUAAUGUUGAUAUUUCCUAGAUAGAUUUAUGAAUACAGGGAGUUUCAUUUUAAAAUGAAUACUUCUAGAGAAUUUUAUUGAAAAUAGCAUACAAAUCUGUGACGCAUUGCAGAGUUAACAAAAAUAUUUCAUCUAUACUAGCUAGAGUAGGUAAAGUAUGAAGUGCAGCUCACCUUCUGCGUCUUCUCAGUUUAAAGCCUGAACAGUAUUUAUUACAAUCAGGCACUACUUAAAAGCAGAAUCAAUAAGAGUUAUGCCCUCAUGCAGUGUUAAUGAGCAUGAGACAAGGAAGGGAUGUCAGCACAGUGGGAGUCAAAACCAACCAUUUCUGCUAUCAAACUCAAUGUUAUUAUUAUUAUUAUUAUACCUAGAAGAAAUCUGACAGACUAUCAACACAAUAUUAUUGUGUUACAAAUUGUUGUAUAUUUAUCAUGUUCUUCAUCAUAAUUUCUUCUUCUUUUUUUUUAAACCUGCUUUUUUUUUCCUGGAGUAAGUGAGUACAACACUAAGCCUUAUAGCUUGGCUGAAGUCUGUCAUUUUGGUGUUUUUGUUAUCUCUUGUUCAAUUGUUCCACUACAUUGAAAACAAGUAUUGGGAACAAUUAUCUCCAAUUAAAGGAAAAUUCCACACAAAAACUAUCUUUUGGUAUUUGUUUCAAUAGUACAUUGUUGUUAUAGUCCCAAAAGGUUUUGCUUGUCAGCAAUCACAUUUUUUAAAGAUAUAUAACUUUAGAAAUACAGUUUUACAGCCGGCGUAACGCGUUUUGCAUCACAUAAUGCAAAACGCAGCAUCAUAUAAUGGAAAAGGUUUAUGGGUGGAGUUUUCCUUUAACAUUGUCCCAGCUGGAAGCAUUCUGAUCGCUCUGCAAAUGAAGCCCUGUAAAUAACACUUAGGGAACACAAUGCACCGCACCAUGUUAGUCAAUUAACGACCGUAUGACUCAAUGUUGAUUCAUAUUCAGUGAAUAUUGUGUCAUAUUUAAUAUGACUAAUACAACUUGGACCGGGUUCUCAUAACACAUGAACAUACCUAUUAGCGGAAUAAUUUAGGGUAAUUGGUUUGUAAUAUAAAUGGCUUGUGUCUGUGACAGCAAACCAUUGCCAGUCACUUGGUGUCACUAACAAUAGUGCAUGUUGACCUUCGGUCACCAGAAGUGGUGGUUAUGCAAAUUGAAGUCAACAGUUGGUAUAUGUAGCUUCAUUCGACUAUAUGUCAAACCCUUCAUUCAGCUUGUUGUUGUCUUAAAGCAGUAGCAGACAUGCGUUAGGGAAAAUGAAGAACAGUCAUCCAUAGAUCCCUUUGCUGUUUAUAUCUGUACAGAAUGAUGAGGUGCUUUAUGAUUUAUGUCCUCCGGUGUAAAGGAUUGUACCAUAUGGAAUAUAUAUGACUUAUUUUGACUGCCCAAAGCUGACAAAAAUGCAUUGGAAAUCCAUUGCCUUGAUAUGAGUGUAUUGCUGACCAGUGACAUCUUACCACCCACUAACCUAUGAUCUUUUGAUAGUCUGUCCUGUGUGACCUUGGCAUUUCAGUCAUUCCAAUGUCACCUGGAGUGUCAUUUCUCUGUAUCCUCCUCCACUUUGUUUUGCAAAGAGAGACAACAAGAUUAUAUAAACUAAUGUACAGUUUCAGUCCACAACAGAAAAAAGGCAUUUACUUAUCAUGGCUGUGCUUCCUACUUGCUUAAAUAUAUGAACUACAAUUUACAGCCAUUUAUUAACCAAAUGGGAUACACAUUUGAAGAAAAAUCAUGUGCUUUUGAUACAAUUGUAUUUCUGAAAGUAUUAUUGAAAUUCUGUAACAUUGUGAUGUUGCAGAUGGACAAAUUUAUUGUGAAAAGUAGAGCGAUUUCCCAAAGAUCAGUUCCCUAUGUUCAAGCCUUAGAGAUAAAACUGCUCAAUUACUUUAAACAACAUAUUUUCAGAUAUGGAACAAUCACUGUCAGUUCUGGAAACAUUUCAGUCAGAUCCAUUUUAACUGUGAAAUGCAGCAUUGUUACAUUAAUAUAAAUCCUUCACAGUGUUCUAAAAGCAAUUAAUUUAUAAAAAAGUUAGCAAUGUGGAUAUCCAUAAAUUAGCCCAAUGACAUACUGUUCCUCAAGGCUCAAGCUUUAUGUAAUACUUAAAUGCUACCUAUUCCCUAAACGAUGUACAAUGUUGGUCAGACAUCAGGGAAGAACAGGGUUACCAUUCCAAGUAAAUAGCCUUUUCUCUCACUGACGUUUUGUCGACAGUUUAUUAAAGAUGGACAAUGUUGUAUUUUCUCUCACUGACGUUUUGUCAACAGUUUAAAGAUGGACAAUGUUGUAAACAGAAAAUUCAAAGACAGAAGUUGUCUUAGUUCAGGCAUGCUGUAGUUUUUAGUUUGUUAUUUUUUGUACAGAGCAGGGUAACUGUUAUGCUAUGGAUUUAUUAACGUAUAGUUGUAAGGAUUCAUUAAAAAUGCGUUAUGUAUCAAAGAAACUUCCUGCCUGGUUAGCUUUGUAUUUCAAAUGUGUUGCACAAGUUCUGCCAUUUUUUAUUAUUAUUUUGGCCUAUUGUAUUUUAUAAUAAAAUUGUUUUAUGUAAUGAUCAAACAUUUAAAUGAUAGUUAUGUUGUUUUUAAAUGUUUAAUGUCUGAAAAAAAUUGAAUAAAAAUGGUAUGAACCG